AUGUCCAAUCCCAAGUUCACACUGGCAGAAGGCCAGCCAAUCUCCGACCCUUCGAUUAGUACCACGCUGCCUAUUUUUGGAGGCGGAGGCAUCACGACUCUGGGCGAUACCCUUCUGCUCGAAACUCUUGCACAUUUCAAUCGCGAGCGCAUUCCGGAGAGAGUAGUCCAUGCGAAAGCGUCGGGUGCUUGGGGUGAGUACGAGGUCACUAAUGACAUUUCAUCGCUCACGUCAGCGAAAUUCCUCAAUGGCGUUGGGAAGAAGACGAAGGUCUUGUUCCGUCUGAGUACAACCGGUGGUGAAAAAGGAAGUGCAGACACCGUCCGUGAUGUCCGUGGCUUUUCCGUCAAGUUCUAUACCGAGGAAGGCAAUCACGACAUCGUCGGCAACCACAUUCCUGUGUUCUUCGUACGAGACCCAAUUCGCUUCCCAUCCCUAAAUAGAAGCCACAAAAGACACCCCGCUACAAAUCGGCCGGACUGGACUAUGUUUUGGGACUUCCACGUCAAUCAGCCGGAAAGUGUGCAUGCACUUAUGCAUCUAUUUGGUUCUCGUGGCAUUCCGAACUCGAUCCGUCGUGUCACUGGUUUUGGCGUGCAUACGUUCAAGAUGGUGGCUGAAGAUGGCAGCUUCCGUUACUGUAAGUUCCACUUUCGGCCUGCCCAGAGCAUGACCCAUUUCUCUGGACCGGAAGCCACUCGUGUCGCCGGCGUAAAUCCCGAUUAUCACAAUCAGGACUUGGCGGAUGGUAUUGCUCGUGGAGAGUUCCCAGUUUGGAAAUUAUGUGUGCAGGUGAUGGAGCCCGAGCAAGCUGAGACUUAUGGUCGGGCUCUAUUCGAUAUCACCAAAGUCUGGCCACACAAAGAGUUCCCAUUGAUUGAAGUCGGUAAAAUGACUUUGAAUCAAAACCCUGAGAACUACUUUGCCGAGAUUGAACAAGCUGCAUUCUCGCCUUCGAACAUGGUUCCUGGAAUCGCAAUGACCCCUGACCCCAUGUUGCAAGCGCGCAUGUUUGCUUACCCAGAUGCUCAACGAUACCGCUUGGGAGUGAACUAUACCCAGCUUCCUCCCAAUCGCGCCAUCUGCCCGGUCUUUCAUCCCUUUGAGCGAGAUGGGAUGGGUACUGUGACGCGGAACUAUGGUGUACUCUCAGGUCGCGGUGUGCCCAGCCAGGUGCCCUCAGACGUACGACAUACUGAGCGCAUCGAACAAAAUGCUUUACUCGGUCAACACGAGCUCGAAGUCAAUGAAGAAGAUUUCAUUCAGCCCCGGGCACUGUGGAAUGAUGUGUUUGAUGAAAAUGAAAGACGACAAUGGGUGGCGAAUGUCUCGGAGACCUUGGAAGAUGUGCCUGUGGAGCUAAAGGAAGCCGUUAAAGGAAUGUUUAGUCAAGUCGAUCCGCGCAUUGGUCAAUUGAUGACUGCGCAUGGUAAGAACAGCUCGCAUCUUUGA